UUUCAUCUUAAUUCGUCUGUGGUCGAUCGGAAAGUUGGAGCUAAAAUUGUUUUUUUUUUGUCAGUUCAGUUUAGUUUUUGUUUCGUCGUUGUAAAAAUUGAAACCAAUUGGAUUACGUGUCAAUUUAAAUAAUGAAAUCAAUCAUCGUGUUUAUUCUAUGUUUUGGUGCUGUUUUGAUCAAUGACGCAACAGGCAUCCGACUUCAGUCUGGAUAUUUAAAACCAUGGCAAAAAUUUCAUAAUGAAGCUCGUGAUGGUCAUCUAAAAAAAAUCAAAGAAUUGCUAAAUAAUGGAGUCUACGUUGAUGUUUUCGAUAGUGAUAAUGAAACAGCUUUAUUUAAAGCAGCAGAAAAUAAUCGAAGAAGUGUAGUUGAGUUCUUGCUAAGUAAACAUGCUGAUAUUCAUUGGAAGAAUAAGAAUGGAUCAAGUCCGCUUCACGCCGCUGCGUUUAAUGGUCAUGAACGUGUCGUUGAAAUACUGAUUGAACAUGGUGCCGAUGUAAAUACAAUAGAAAAGUAUGGAUGGACAAGUUUACAUGUCGCUGCAAAUCGAGGUCAUAUGCAAAUAGUUGAGCUGUUACUAAGAAAGAAGGCAGCUGUUAAUCUACAGACCAUUACUGGAGAAACUCCAUUAUUCGAUGCUGCAAUGGCGGGUAAUGAUUAUAUCGUUGAAACAUUAAUCCAACGUGGUGCUGAUAUUAACAUACAAGAUCAAAAUGGAUGGUCACCACUUCACACGGCUACUAGCAAAGGUCAUAAGAAGACAGUGAGAAUUUUAUUGAAAAAUGGAGCCAAUGCCAAUUUAAAAAAUAAAAAAAAUGACACACCUCUCGACAUUGCUAUUAGACUCGGAAGACCAAAAAUCAUCGAAAUCCUUAAUAUGUAUAAUGAUACUUCAACAGUUCCCCCAAUUAAAAAGACAAGUUUUACUACAGUUACUCCCACAGAUGACUCAAUUCGUCCCGCACAAAAGGAAUGUAAAUCACAGGCAGUUCGCGUGAGUGACGAAACAAAGAGUAGACAAAGACUGGAUUUCUCUGAGAAAUUCCCAUGGAUGGCUGCUCUUGGCUAUGCGAAUAUCGACCAAAACUCCGUGAACUUUUACUGUGGUGCUACCAUCAUUUCGGAACGUUUCGUACUCACUGCAGCAUAUUGUGUAUCGUGGAAGCAUCCGACUGUCGUUCGAAUAGGAAUGGAAUCAGCGACCCAUGGCGAAUUCAUGACAACCAAUUUCACUAUAAAGGAGGUCAUUGUGCAUCCUGAGCAUUCCAGUGAAACCAAAGUAAAUGAUAUCGCUCUGAUUGAAAUUGCAGGCGAAGUACCAUUAACACAUUCUAUUAGUCCAGCCUGUUUACACUUAGAUGCGAAUGACUUGCCAUCGAAUGUGCCGCUUACGUUAAUAACAUGGGGAGCAAGAUCGCCUUAUUCGAAUGAUGGAUCAAAGAGCUUACGUAAAAUUGAAGUAGUAUCGGUGCCACUGUCGAACUGCAGUAUAAAAGUUAAGAAUUUGAACAGAAAUGAUCUUACCUACGGGCAAUACUGUACAUAUGAUCCACUGGAAAGUAGUGAUGGAUGCAAGGGUGAUGGUGGUGCAGCAUUACAAUAUUUCUCGAAUAAUUCAAGAACAGCAACCGUCGUAGGCAUUGCAUCGUUUGGUUUUGCAUGUAACCUAAAACUACCAGCCAUUUACACCAGAGUCGCUUACUAUUUGGAUUGGAUAGAAUCACACGUUUGGCCAACGUCAGCUCCACUACCAUCUACACCAAUAACAACACCA